UCCCUAAUGCAUUUUCUCUCCGCCACGCCAAUGAGCAUUCUCCUUUCGCGCGACAUAGUGCUAUACAUCGGCGACCUCUCCUACGCCACCGUUCUGGUACACGAAGCCCGCCCCCUGCUACCUUGCCAGUGCCCACACCCUACUCCACCAGGCCGCUGCCUGUGCCCGGCUCCAGCCAGCCGUCACCAUCACCGCCGUGCACAUGAAGUUGUAAGUUAUAACUUAUAUAUUAUAAGUUAAUACAUAUAAAUUGCUACUAGAAAAUAUUCUUUGAAUAUACGAAUGACGUCUAGUUUGUUCGUCUCGUCGCGUCUGAUGUAGACGGAAUAAAAAUAAAUACACAGUUUAGAAGUUAUAAUAUUUUAAAAUAAAUAUUUUGCUUUUUAUAGCCUGUGUGAGCAGUGACGUCACAGCAAUAAAAAAGCGCGCGGGCAGUGAAGUCGCGGUCUAAUCAUUCACCAAAUCCAAAUCGAGUGAACGAUGAACGAUCGCUCAAAUAGAGUUAGGUUUUGUUUGUGGAAUAACCACGCAUCGACAUAAAUUAACCGUGCAAAAUCAGGAGUAUAUGAGUUCCGUUAAAAAAAACACGUACUCUAGCUAGGCUGUUGUUACUUUGGUAGCUUUUGCAAACAAGCCAAAAUCAUAUCUAUAUAGAGCAUUGUGAAUGCGACGACCAUUUCCAAAUGUCUGCCUAGCUAGUCUCACUUUGGCCGGCAAAAGUGAGAGGAGCUCGUUGGCCGGGCGGCAGGAGCGUGCCUGCUUAUACUGUGGGAGCGCGUGUCCACGGUCACGUCAGUCGUCGUCGUCGCCUUGCCCCGCCCAUCGGGCACCUCGGAAUUCCGUGCACCGAUGACGACGACGGCCCGAAUGCCCCAGUCAAAGUCUUCCGAGGUCUACUACGCAGGCACACACGACGCGCGGACUCAGCUUCACUAUUUACUCAGCCACACCUGUUCCUGUUCUGUUCGUCCUGCUAAUGCCGUCGUCGAAGCUUUCCGCCAUGGCUCUGCUGGUUCCAUCCUCGCUGCUGCUCUUCCUAGUCUCGUCGUCGGUGUGGGUGGCCUUGUCGUCCUUACCACUGAUGAUACAGCCUGUGGCAGCAGCACCUGGGCCAGGAGGAGAGCACUGUCCGCCCGUGCUAUGUGGCAACGUGACCGUCUCCUUCCCGUUUGGGCUCAUCCUGGAUAAUCAGACCAGCUGCGGCGAUAUCGGGAUUGGGUUCAAGGUCCAUUGCUAUAACAAUAGCUCCCUAUACCUCGAAUACUCUCAGAGCGAUAUCAGUCUGCAGAUCCUCAGCAUAUUUUACGACAACCGCUCCUUGCACAUCGCUCCGCGUAGAUACUGGCAUCCAUAUUUCAAUACUAGCUCUAGCAGCGGUGGGUGCCGAAUCCCGACGGCCGACACCAUCCCCGUACUUGCUCCUCCGCUCUCGAAUAGUCCCGCCAAUCAGAACCUCAUCUUCUACAACUGCACCAAGCCGCCGCCGCAAGGCGCAGGGCUCGUGGAGACGGUGUGCCACAACAACACCUAUGUUCGUGCUGCCGAUGGGCGUUCCGACGAGUCAGCAGGCAGCUACUUAUUGGAGGGCUGCAACUUUACCAUGGUACCGGUGCUCGGGGUGUCUGGCAAGAAGGUGAACGCUAGCGACUACGAGCAACUCGUCAGGGAUGGCUUCCUCGCAACAUGGCCGCCGCCGCCGCUGCCACUGCCGCCGUUGCCGCCGCCACUACCAGGUAACUUCUCUUGGCGCACUUGCAAUGAGAGGAGCUCGUUGGCCGGCCGGCAGGAUGCAGGCUCCGUGUGGGAUGGAGCGCGCAUUCGCGGUCACGUCAGUCGUCGCCGUGGCCCGUAUGGGCACCUCGGAAGUUCCGUGUGUCCACGACGACGGCCCGAAUGCCCCUCAGUCAAAGUUUUUGCGUCUAUUUAUAUUUAUUACUCACUAGCUCAGCCACACGACACGACGACGCGGACUGAUCACCUUCACUAUUUAGUCAGCCACACCUCUGUGUGUGUGUGUGCGCCUGUGAUGAGGCCAGAGUGUGAGCGGUUCAACAAUAUAUAUAAUCACCCUUCUGUGUUCGUCCUGCGCAAGGCGCCAUCUUCGAAGCUUUCCGCCAUGGCUCAGCUGGUUCCAUCCUCGUUGCUGCUCUUCCUACUAGUCUCGUCGUCGGUGUGGGUGGCAUCAGAUGGGCAAGGCGGAGAUCACUGUCCUCCACAGCUAUGCGGCAACGUGACCAUCUCCUUCCCGUUCGGGCUCAUCCCGGACGGCGCCGCGCAGACCGACUGCGGCGCCGAGAUCGGGUUCGAGGUCAGUUGCAGUGACAGCAACGUCGCCUACCUCGGAUCCUUUCAGAGCGAGCAGGACAUGCAGAUCCUCAGCAUCUUCUACCACAACCAGUCCUUGCUCGUCGCCGACAGACACUGGCCUGCGUAUUUCAAUACAAGUAGCCGUGGAAGAUGCCGCGCCUUCCCGGCCAAGACCUCGUCCCGUCUUGUUCGUCCCUUCUCGAUCAGCUCCGUCAAUCAGAACCUCAUCUUCUACAACUGCGACAAGCCGCCGCCGCCGCCGUCGCCGUCGUCGCCUGGUGUGGACCUCGUGGAGACGGUGUGCCACCAGGCCCACAACAACACGUUUGUUCGUGCCGCCGCCGACGACGGUGGGGGUUCCGACGAGUCGUCAGAAGGCAGCUACUCUUUGGAAGGCUGCACCGCUGCCAUGGUGCCGGUUCUUGGAAUGUCUGGCGAGGUGAACGCUAGCAACUACCAGCAACUCGUCUGGGACGGCUUCCUCGCGACAUGGCAGUUGCCGCCGCCGCCGUCGUCAGGUAACUUCGCUCUUGGAAUUAGCUAUGCCCACACCCUACUCCACCAGGCCGCUGCCUGUGCCCGGCUCCAGCCAGCCGUCACCAUCACCGCCGUGCACAUGAAGUUACGGCCCGAAUGCCCCAGUCAAAGUCUUCCGAGGUCUACUACGCAGGCACACACGACGCGCGGACUCAGCUUCACUAUUUACUCAGCCACACCUGUUCCUGUUCUGUUCGUCCUGCUAAUGCCGUCGUCGAAGCUUUCCGCCAUGGCUCUGCUGGUUCCAUCCUCGCUGCUGCUCUUCCUAGUCUCGUCGUCGGUGUGGGUGGCCUUGUCGUCCUUACCACUGAUGAUACAGCCUGUGGCAGCAGCACCUGGGCCAGGAGGAGAGCACUGUCCGCCCGUGCUAUGUGGCAACGUGACCGUCUCCUUCCCGUUUGGGCUCAUCCUGGAUAAUCAGACCAGCUGCGGCGAUAUCGGGAUUGGGUUCAAGGUCCAUUGCUAUAACAAUAGCUCCCUAUACCUCGAAUACUCUCAGAGCGAUAUCAGUCUGCAGAUCCUCAGCAUAUUUUACGACAACCGCUCCUUGCACAUCGCUCCGCGUAGAUACUGGCAUCCAUAUUUCAAUACUAGCUCUAGCACCGGUGGGUGCCGAAUCCCGACGGCCGACAACAUCCCCGUACUUGCUCCUCCGCUCUCGAAUAGUCCCGCCAAUCAGAACCUCAUCUUCUACAACUGCACCAAGCCGCCGCCGCAAGGCGCAGGGCUCGUGGAGACGGUGUGCCACAACAACACCUAUGUUCGUGCUGCCGAUGGGCGUUCCGACGAGUCAGCAGGCAGCUACUUAUUGGAGGACUGCAUCGCUACCACGGUACCGGUGCUCGGGGUGUCUGGCAAGAAGGUGAACGCUAGCGACUACGAACAACUCGUCAUGGAUGGCUUCCUCGCGACAUGGCAGUGGUCGCCGCCGCCGCUGCCGCUGCCGCUGCCACCGCCACCACCAGGAGGCAAGAGGAGUCACGGGAAGACAAUACUAAUAGUUUUGAUGACAGCAACUGCAAGCUUGCUCUUUCCAUGUAUUUAUCUACUGGUAUUUCAUCAAAGGGGGCAAAGACUAUGGUUUCUCCUAGGAAGAAAGGGUAGCAGCAGCACUGAAAGGAACAUUGAGGCUCUCAUAGAAUCUUAUGGAUCCUUAGCUCCAAAGAGAUACAACUACUCAGAGCUAAUGAAGAUAACUUCCUUUCUCAAUCAUAAGCUCGGGGAAGGUGGUUACGGAAUGGUUUACAAAGGGAGGCUACUUGAUGGCCGUCUAGUUGCUGUGAAAUUUUUGCAUGACUGCAAAGGACAAGGGGAUGAGUUCGUAAAUGAGGUUAUGAGCAUUGGUAGGACAUCUCACGUGAAUAUUGUAAGCUUAUUUGGGUUUUGUUUGGAGCGCUCAAAACGGGCUCUUAUAUAUGAAUACAUGCCCAAUGGGUCUCUAGAUCAGUACAUCUAUUGUGAGAAUCCCAAAGACAUUUUAGGAUGGCAAAAUCUCUACAUUAUAGCAAUUGGGAUUGCUCGUGGCCUAGAAUAUUUGCACCACAACUGCAAUACACGCAUUGUACAUUUUGAUAUCAAGCCCCAAAAUAUCCUUCUAGAUCAAGAUUUUUGCCCAAAGAUUGCUGAUUUUGGUCUAGCUAAAUUGUGUCAUACCAGGGAGAGUAAGUUUUCAAUGACUGAAACCAGAGGAACAAUUGGAUUCAUUGCUCCAGAAGUUCACUCUCGGGCCUUUGGAGUUGUUUCAACAAAAUCAGAUGUUUAUAGUUAUGGAAUGAUGUUGCUAGAGAUGAUUGGAGGCAGGAAAAAUGUGAAAUCAAUAGUUGAAAAGUCAAGUCAGAAAUAUUUUCCAGAUUGGAUUUAUGACCAUUUUUCCCAUGAUGAUGGGUUAGAAGCUUGUGAGGUCACAUGUGAAGUGGAGGAAAUUGCCAGAAAGAUGAUUUUAAUUGGUUUGUGGUGCGUGCAAGUAUUACCAACAAGUCGCCCUACAAUAACGAAGGUUUUGGAAAUGUUUGAAAGAGGCUUAGAUGAAUUAGACAUGCCACCAAAGCAGGACUUCAAUCAGAUACCCGAAGAAUCACUACAUAUUCUAAAUACAGAAACCACAAGCUUCAGCAGUUUUAUGCAAACUCAAGCUUUUAGUGAAGUUCUAAAGAUUAAACAAAUAAGCACUAUGAAUUCAAAAAACCUACAGCGGCUGCCAACUCUUUGAAAAGGACGACAAAGUUCUAAUAUGAUGUUAGCUAUACACUCACCGAAAGAAAAAGAGUACUAGCUUACUAGUGUCCUGCAUUGUUGCAUUUGAAGUAUAUAAGUUUUUGUGUUCUGGGUUUCAAUGGUAAUCCUUGGAUUACUUGCGAACUCUUUGUAUCGGUUACCUGCCGUUUCUUUCGGCUCUUCUUUUUAAUGAAAAACACGUGAAGUCGUGAUCUUGAAAAAAAAAUAUAUAAGUUAAUUAAGGGCCCAGCUGGGGUGGAAGGAUAUUGUCCAAAUACUCCUUGUAGUCUUACGUCACCCAAAAUUUUGAAAUUGUAGUGAGCACAUUUGUGUAUUGGUGUCAAGUACUAUUCAUCAAAAUGUACAUUAGAGUGGCGGCAAUGAUGCAACUAACGAAUUGUUUGGUUCU